GACACACAGAGCCCCUCCAACAUAACUCCCCCUACCCUCUCCAUGCGCAGUCCAUCCAAUCAGGUGCAUCCUUGGACAGAAAGGCGUUACUCUUAAGUAUCCAAACAAGUGGAAUAGCGCUGCGGGCACUCUUACAAAUGGGAAUGUCAUUCAAAAUAAUCAUUACAAUAACUUACUGGUUGACACGGACAUAUAAGAACAGAAGAAGCUGAUUUUUUUUUCAGUGGGCUCUUGGAAUCAGCGAAGAACAUGUGAAAAGAAACAAGGCCACCCAAGGGCAUGCUACCGUGGUAAGAGAAUUACUUUGAGGUUUCAUGUUGCAUUCCGAUAUGAUCCUGAGUGAGUUUAUGGAUCAGCAUGGCUAGAAUGUAUUUAUUGUUGAAAAAAAAUUCAUUCAGCAUGUAAUCAACAAGCCCUAUUCUCUUCCCAAGGAUUCUCUGUGUUUAAAAUAGAGAAGGAAAACGGUGUCUCCAAACAUUUUUGCCACAUUGAGCACGUUAUUUUUGAAGGAACCAUCUUUAGUCUGCUCCCAUGCAUACAGAAGUCAAAUUUGGACUGAUCAUCUGAGGUCAACAAUGGGCCGUUUCCCCGUGGACAGUAAUUGGAGCUCAAAGUGUAAACUAAAACACUUCAUGAUUCUCCUGAGAAGGUCUCCGGCCUGUCAGCCGAUCCACCUUGACCGAUAUUCAUCAUCACAUGCUCAUCAAAUCUCCACAUUUGCAUGUCAAGCCAUUUUUACAAAUGUAAAAGUAUACAGAGACAUUUGUGUCUUUCAUCUCCUCGGACACGAUUUUUUUAGCAAAGUGAAAGGUCGCCAUGUUGUGACAUGGCACUUGCCCUCAACCUGUGUUCGAGCCCAAACCAACUGUUUGGAAAUAAGUUCUCACGGAGCUUACCCGGAUCAGUCUUUAAAUCAAUUGUGCCAACACAUUAAGAUUUUUUUCCCAAAUAAAGACCUUGUAUCUCGGGCUGGAAGUGUUCCAGCAUAUUUCAGCCGAACACAGCGGCGCUGUCAAAGUCAGCUGGCAUCUCCACAGAGACCUUUAUCUGAGGCUCCACAGAGACCUUUAUCUGAGUCUAACAACGCAACAGCACAAUCGCACAGAGACAAACAAAAGGACUUGGGUCUCGCAACCCAGGAAAACGCUGGACUGCAACUCUUCCACAUUAGUUCUUUGGCAACAAGAUUUGGCGAAAGCUACAAUUACGUUGCCACUCACAUUAACUCAGUCUUCUCACAGGCUUUUGCCAAAUUGCAAGUUCCAGAGAAAGAGGAAAUGACAAAAGGAUCCAAGAGAAGACCGAGGAGGAGAAAAACACAAAGCCAUCCUGUCAUGUAUUACAAAGACAUUGAAAUGUCUCACUUAAAAUCAAACGCCAACCAGGCAGCUGCCCAACUAAACCACAGUAAGAGCUGGGAGGAGGGCUAUCGUCAAUUCGCAAGACACAUCAACAGUUACUUUGGUGCCAAGGCUGUUGAUGACGCCCACCGUCAGCGUCAACCCGAAUCUUCACCACAAUCGACCUCGCGCAUCCAAGGUGGCACGACGCAACACACGCAAGACGCCAUCAGCCCCGAGAGCGGACUUUUUCACUGCAGCCACAACUCCACCGACUUUCGGGAGACCCACUGGCAGAUGUCAAGUCACAUGGAUCACCAUUUGCACAAAACCAGCAGGAGUCUCAAGGAGGAGACUGACUGGCCCGCUGCAGACAGACCGGAAGCAAUCCCAUUCAUGGACUGCUUUCGUCACCCCACAAGAGCCAUUCCUGACCUGCUGGGGGCUUACCUGAACCGGGGUCCCAAGCCACAGGACAGAGUGCCAAAACCUGCAAUGGCAUCACCAGAAGCAGCCUUCAGUCAAAAGCUAUCCUUGAGUCACAAGCAAGCUGAGGAAGCGCUCUGUGGGUUGAUGGAGAACCUGAGACAGGCUUCGUCUGCAGAGGGGGUGACCACCUGCGUGGAGAUGCUGAAUGAACACCUGCGACGUCACCCUUCACGUAAAGCUUUGAUGUGGCAGGAGAAAACAGCUGUGACAUUGCUAAGACAGCGGCGAUUCUAUAGAGACAACCAAGCUCUCCAGACGGCCAUCAGGGAAGCGCUGGCUCUCAUCGGAUAUGUGGACCCUGUCAAAGGCCACGGUAUCAAGGUGCUCUCCAUUGAUGGUGGAGGGACAAGAGGUGUGGUGCCUCUGCAGGUGUUGAAGCUGCUGGAAGCGCAAACAGGAAAAAAGAUUCAUCAGCUGUUUGACUACAUUUGUGGCGUCAGCACAGGGGCUGUGUUAGCCUUCAUGCUCGGCUUGGCCCAUUUUUCCCUGGACGAGUGUGCUGACAUGUAUCGGCGUUUUGGCUCUGAAGUUUUCCGGCAAAAUCGUUUGGUUGGCGCCGUAAAAAUGGGUUGGAGUCACUCGUACUAUAACACAGAGACAUGGGAGACCAUCCUCAGAGAGAAGCUUGGUGAUGGAGUGCUCAUCAAAACAGCCAGACAUGAGUCAAGUCCCAAGGUUUCAGCUGUCAGCGCUGUGGUCAAUUGGGGCACCAGCCCAAAAGCCUUCAUCUUCUGCAAUUACAACCACAGAGCGGGAUCUCUGAGCCGCUACGCAGGAGGGUCCGGCUAUCCCCUGUGGCAGGCAGUGAGAGCAUCAUCGGCCGCUCCGGGCUACUUUCAAGAAUUCCUGUUGCAAAGCGACAUCCACCAGGAUGGAGGGAUUAUCAUGAACAACCCCUGCGCCUUAGCUGUGCAUGAAAGCAGACUCUUGUGGCCCAAAGACGCAUUCCAGUGCGUGCUGUCCCUUGGUACCGGUCGCUAUGACAACGCCAAGAGGGGCCCUGCCACCUCUACCAGCCUGAGAGCCAAAAUUAGUAACCUGAUCAGCAGCGCCACCGACACUGAGGGGGUUCACACCCUUUUGGAUGACCUGCUGCCCGCCGAUGUCUACUUCCGCUUCAACCCCAUGCUGAGUGCUGAGGUGUCCCUCGACGAGAGCCGCCCGGGGACCUUGGACCAGUUGGAGAAGGACACGCGGCUUUACCUGGAGCGAAACCGGCUCAAACUGGCUCGUUUGUGUUUGGUACUUGGGGCGGAGCGUUCGGCUGUGAGGAAAACCAAGGACUGGAUCAGCGAAAGGGCCUGGGAGACGAAGCAAAGAUGGGUCUAGAACUAUCGGAGCGAGAGACCAGCAGGCUGGAGUCUGACUUUUGUGGCACUCAAGCUUAAUUUCAUAUUUAUUUCAUUGUACAUGUGUCAUGACCAUUUUUACAAAGGGGCAAAAUACAUACCGAGAGCUGUUCCAAAUACUG